UCUUUUCAAAGGCGGGCUGCAGGCGUGGCAGCACGAACUAUGCGGGCGGGGUGUGUCUUGCAGAUUAGAGUGGCGACACACGGGUACCUUUUACACCUGCUCGACAAGGCUGAGGUGCCACGACUACCGGCUUUGAGCCCCCUUCACAGCAGCACGAUGAGUCUGCCCGACCACAGAGCCCCUGGGAAGCAAUUGACCGCUUAUUCACAGAUGAACUCCCCUGUUGUAAAUCUGAAUGUUGGUGGCCAGAUGUACAGCACAACACUUAACACCCUGCGAAAGUAUCCAGGAUCUAAGCUUGCUGAAAUGUUCAGUGGACAGCCCAAGCUGCGGGUGGAUACAGAAGGGCGUUACUUCAUCGAUCGAGAUGGCACCCAUUUCAAGGACAUCUUGGAGUUCUUGCGCAGUCAGACCCUUCCUACUAAAUGUAUUCAGGAAAUUUACAAAGAGGCUGUCUUCUUUGACAUUGAACCUUUGAUCAAACAAUUGGAGGACUCCCCAAAAUUAUUUGGAGAGGUAGUGGGGAGACAACAGUUUCUAGCACGUGUACCCAACUACCGUGAGAACAUUGAGGUCAUGAUUAGGAUCGCUCGUGCAGAGGCCGUAGCUGCUCGACAGUCUGGCGUCAUUGUCUGUGUCCUCAGAACUGAGGAGGAUUCCUCUCGCUACAAUGAUGCUAUCAACAGCUUGGAUGCAGACAGGGAAUCUGUGGUCCGAUUUGGACCCUGGAAAGCUUCUCCAACUAUUACUGACUUGCUUGACUGCGUAAAAAUGGACAUUGAAGGCAAAGGCUACAGUGUUACAUAUCAACCCCAUGGGACUGACAAAGGAUUUCGGUUCAAGACUUAUGAUUUUUUUUAUAAAUUUACAUUUAACUGGUGGUGAGCAAGAAAAAAAAUUAUAUAUUUUCAAAUGAUAGCUAUGCACCAAACCCCAAUGAGCCAUCUUGGUAUUUUUAAUGGCAAGGAAAGUAAACCACAACUGUUUUUUUUAUUGUUGAACAUUGUUUUCCAGAGUCUAGUAUUAUGGAGUUUUCAUUUCGUGAAAGAAUUUACCCAUUUUUUCUUCCCCUCUCUUGCCUUUUUAUUGUUACAUUUGCAAUGAAAAUAAUGGAAGGAAAUUACUUUUAUACUCUUAAUGCUGCCUUGAUUAUGUAAUGUUAAAAAAAAAAAAAAAAAAAAAUACGUAGUAUGUGAAAAUGAAGGCCUGUUUUUCUAAGUAGUGCUGAUGGUAUAUCUUGGUAUAUUUUAUAUAUGAAAGCUUUCUUUUACUGUGCUUUACAUAUUCUUUUGUUUCUAUCUUAUGCACAGAUAGGGAAUCCUUUAGUCUCUGUUUUUUGUGUUCAUUAUCCAAUGUUGUUGGCAAAUAUCUUACAGUAAAAACAUGCUUACUUUAUGCUGGUUUAUGUUUGGAAGUCCUCUGGCUAAGCAUAGUUCACUUUUGUUACCCACAUUGAUAAUGUUUUGCAUAGCCCCAGUCUCUUAUGCAGGACAUUUUAAUAUCUGCAUAUUUAAGGAGUACAGCAUGCAAGUGCCCCUGUGGUACUACUAGGAAAGUUGCAGCAGUGAGACUCUUUUGAUCAAGUAAUGAGUAAGAUUUUGACAGGAAGUCUGACACUUGUUCACUCUGAAAAUGGAUGUGCAUAUAUGUGUGAAUGAGCUUUUUUGGAAAAUGCUUGACAAAUGAUUGUUGGUUCAAUUGACUUUCUUACAUACUGUGAAAUAGUAUCAAUUUAUUUUAUAUAUCUCAAGGUGUGCUGUAGGCAUUGUUUGAACUUUCAGAAUUGUCCUGGUGGCUUUUGUGAGUUUGCAGUAGAAUUGUACUACCUUAUAUGCUUAAUCUUUUUAAAAUUAUUUCAGUUGCACUGUUUGCAUGUGGACCUCAGCAGCACCAUAAUAAAUUCCAUACUUAAAUACACAGUACAUAUUUGCUAAACAUUUACAAUCAUUUGGUGUUAGAUUUCUGCUGCUGUUCUACUCUGCUUUAUGUGAUGAAGGUCUAUAAAUAUGGUGAUGUGGUGGUCCGAUGAAUUCCCCUCUUGCCUCACAAAUCCCAUUUCCUGUGUUGAGUCCAAUGCUCACACAUCUUUCUAUGCGAGAGUUUAUCUAAUAAUUCUGGUUUUCUUCACACAUUCCCAAAGACAUUUAGGUUAGGUGAAUUGGUCAAUUUAAAUUGGUCCUAUAUGAGUUUUCAGGAGUGCAAGUGGUCCCUGCAGUAAACCUGCACUGGUUUAGACUGUUUCAAGCCUUGCAUCCAUUGCUGGUAGGAUGGGCUUUGGUCCCAAUGACCCAGAAUUGCUUUAAAUUGGUUUGAGAAUGUUUGUUAUUUAGGCAUUUGUAUGUAUUUAUAUAAUAUCCAUAGAUAUACAUUACAGGUUUGCCUGAAUUACAAAUGGCUGCUUUAUGAAAAUUUGGAUAUACUAAAAGUCAUUUAGUACCCUUUUCUGUUGUACCAAGUUUCUUUUCUUUUUAUAAAAGACUUAGUCUGGAAUGAUUUUUGAACACGUGCCAUUUGUGCUAGUUCCUGAUCACAUUUGCAGUCAUUAUUACAGCUAAUCUCAGAGAAUGUGUCACGUACAAAAUUUGAAAGAAGGAUAAUUUAAAGAAGUGUGAAAGUUUUGUAUGAAACAUGUAUGUGAAAUGUUUUCUGUGUCUUUGACAAUCUUCAUGUUUAUUAGGAUGAACAGCACAAUUUUGAAAGAGCAUUUAAUUUUUCUUUGAUGCUAUAGAACAUUAUAAGCAGCAGAAUGAGAGAGUGUAAAGGAAGCAAGUUAGCAUGUUAUUGAAUUUUCAUCCACUUCCACUUUCUUUAUUUUCCUGUUUCUUUCAAAUCUCAUCUGUUAUAUUGAUGGUCCCUGCAUUAUGGAUGUGGAAAAGCCCCCUUUCCUAUGUGCCGUUCUCCAUGAUCUCCAAAACCUGGGUCACCAACCUACAACCGACUGUUGUCCUCCUCACCCUAUACUUUUAAUUGAAUUUGUGGUGUUCUAUUGUUUAACAUUAAUGUUUGUUCUUUUUAAAUCUAAUGUUGCAUAAGUUGUGGACUAUACCAACAAAUGACCAUAAUAAGCAAGUAUACAGUAACUAAUGAAACAUAUCGUUUUUAGGUAUUUUGAUUACUGUUAUUUAGAAUUAACUAUCGAUUUUCUUGUAUUCUUGGUGUUGUUUUGAAAAAAAGUAUGGGUCAUUUUUUCAGGUCCAGAGAAGCUGUACAAUUUUUUAUGAUUAUAUUAAUGGCAAUUUGUGUUCAUCUAUUCAUUCAUCCAUUUUCUAAACCCACUUAUCCAUAACAGGGUUUUGUAGAAGCUGGAGAUUAUUCAUUAUGUGUUAUGUGAAGAUCCACGGCUCACCCUCAUCCAUUGGUCAAAAGUCUUAUCAGUUUAAAAGCUCAGUAGUAUGAAAAUGUGUUUCCUGUUAUUGGUGUGCACUGAUUUUUCUGGUAGUAUAUAUUUAACAAUAUUUAAGCAAAAAAGGAAUGGGGUAAGUAACAUAUAAAAAUAUUUUUGGGUGGAUUGCUUCUUUAGUAUGAUGUAUGUUAAAUUAGUAUUUGCAUUAGUGCAGUAUUUAUUACGUUGUGUUUUAAAGUAAGGAAAUGCCUGUGGACUGUGUGUGAAAGACAGUUAGCAUUCUAACUGAUUCCUUUCUACUAGCUUUUUUUUUCAUAUACAACAGCUAAUAUGAUGUUAAGGUUGAUAAUUGCCGUCUAAAAGAUUUAUACAAUUUCUAAAAUUAAGUGGUACUUUCACUACAAAUUCAAACAAACUAGAAAGUUGCAGGCUGCUUUACAGUUCCCAACAGCUUGAUAAAACUUAACACACUACAUACAAUACCAAACAAAAGCCCAGUGGAAUGAAGCCUCACCAAUGAAUUGAUUCCUACACUGUGUUGCCAAGAAAGGGUCUAAUCACAUGUGAAUCUGUAUUUGGAUCUAGUGGGUUUAGAAAAUGGAUGAGUAUGAAAGAGUAAAUACUUGUAUUAUUUGUAAUCUUGCAACAUGUAUAUUUUUUUUGGUUAUGGAGAUAUUAUAUAAUGUUCUAUGCACAUCCUUCAUAAAACUGUUGUAUCAAAUGCACAGCCAUGGAAACAUUUCAAGUUAGAAACUCAUUUCUUUAUAAUUUCAACAGUCUGAUCACAGCAAAUAAAAAAUAAUGCAUGUGUAAG